AUGUCUCCAUCAAAGAAGGCCUCUGCUGGGGCAAAGAAGACUCGCAACGCCCCUACUCGCAACGCCCCUGCCCCUACUCGCACCACCCCUACUCGCAACACCCCCAAGACUCAGGGUGCGACAAAGAGGGCUAAGGGUCCCCCCAAGCAAGCAACAAUGUGGGAGGGUCAAAAAAUAUCUUGCAUGACUUGCAUCAAGGGCCAUAGAGCAACGGCAUGCGAACAUCUUUACGUGCGUCCAAUGUUCUUUACCAGGAGUCCCGGUCGUCCUUUGACAACCUGCCCACAUGCACCAUGCUGGUGCGGCCAUGAGUUGAAUGCCAAGGAGUGCUGUGGGCAUGUUGAACAUUGCGAGAGGGCCAGUGAAUGGAAAUUGGCGGUCGCCGCCAACCCGGAGCUUGCACGUCAGCUCAACACGGACGACGAUGUGCAGCCUGAGCAACCAGCACAGCCCAGUCCGCGAAGCUCCCUCCUGCCUUCCGACGGGCAAGUCUCCGCCAUGGUUGGCGGAACCAACGUCGCCGCGGGCCCGUCCGGCCAGACCGGGUUGCCUAUGCUUUUCCCGGUCGUCAACAACACGAAUGCUGAGCCGCGUGUACUUGCUGAUGCCCAAGCCAUUUCCCAGGGAAUCUGGGACGAGACCGGCCUCCGGAUCAACGGCGGCCUCGUCGCGGGGCAGCAGCCACUUCCGCAACCCGCUCAGUUUCAGUGGGGGGAUUCGCACUUCCAGGUCGGCGGCGGCUUCAAUAUGGAGAGGCAAAUGCCUCCUCAACCCGCUCCGUUCCAGUGGGGGGAUAUUGGCUUCCAGGCUGACGGGGGCUUCAACAUGGGGCCGCAGUUUCAACCCGGUCUCACGCAGUGGGGUUUGGAUGGUGCCCUGAACGCGGAGCAGCCCGCGGAGCAACCUCCAGCCAUAUCGGUGGAGCAAGAUCUCAUGGAUGCGCUGUUGGACCCUGCCCUGUUCGACCCUGCCGCCGACCUCGUUAACGGCUCCGAUAUGCUGGGGCUAUACAACACGUCAAUCCCGCUAUUACCGGGCAAUGGACAGUUCAGCGGUGGCAUGUUCGGUGGUGAGUGGGAUCAGCCACCAUUGUUCGGCGGCGCCCAAGAGGAUAGCAUGCCGUUUGCUAUCUGGUGA